AUGGACGCAGACAGCCCCGUCGUCCCUGCGCCGGACUGGUUUCUCAGGAACUGCGUCAAGACGGCGCCCGAGAUCAACCGCCUCGCAGCGCAAAUCACCCUGCGUGGGGAGAAGACGAGUAAAGAGCCUGUCGCGAAGGAUCCAGCACCCGGCGCAAAGUCUCGCAGUGAAAAGGGCGGCUCGGCCAAGAAAGCCGCCAACAACCGGUACGAGGUCGAGCCGUGUAUCUACGAUGAGCUUCUAGGACUUGUCGCGGCAAAGUCGAAGGAGGGCGAUGCCGCAUCCUUCAUAGACGAUGCGGUUCUUUUAAGGCUUCCAGACAACGACUAUCCAGGGCGCGACUUCCUGGUGUCCAUGGUGGCCAAGUUGGCCAGUGAUGUCGAGGCCGAUAUGAUUGUCCUGGAUAUUGACGACCUGCACGACCUUGCAGAGUACUUUUACCUGCGUCAGACCCCCAAGCCCCCGGCAGGAAACAGGGGAUCUCUUCACUGGUUUUUGAAGCCCUUACCGAAAAAGCCUAAGCAGCCCAAGAAGAAACCGAAGACGGAUUCAGGCUUGAAUCCUCCUAAUGAUUCCGCCCCGGCAUCGGAUGCCGAUUCAGGCUCCGACUCAGGCUCAGAUUCAGGCUCAGAUUCAGAUGCAACCCCAGAGUCGGGUUCAAAAUCCGACGCGGAUACAGAUUCAGAAUCAGUUGCCGAGUCUAUUCUGUCGUUAGAUUCCACGUCAAAACCACCCAAACCCGUCAGCAAUCCUCCGCCACCUCCACCAGCCACCUAUAAGACGACAUAUCUCUUGAGCCAUAGAACUGAUAAGAUGGCGUCUAUAUACUCUGGGCAGGCGUUCACUGCAAGAAGGCCUAUGCCGUCGCGCCAUGCACUUCCAUCUCUUUCUCGGGCGCUCUCGCGCACCGUAUCCGAGUUUCGGACAAUCUCGUCCAUGUUCUUAUGGCUGAUGGAUGUGAGAAAGGGCCGCAUCCGACCGCCAGAGCCAGCGGAAGAUUUGAAGUUGCCCCCAGUCAAGAAUCAGAUUAAAGAGAAUGCUGCCGCCUUCUACCGCGCUAUCUUGUCCUCGCCACAUGCCCGAGCGGCGCUAGACGAGAAAGACGCAGAGGCCAAGAAGAAGGAAGAUGAUACGAAACAAGUUGAGGAUAUCAAGGCCUAUGAUACGAAGACUGAAUUUAAGGCGAACGGAGUCAAUGAGGCUGAGACUGCGGAGGUUAAAGCCAAGGUGAAUGGGGUCAAGCAAAGUGAAGCCGAGGAGCACGAAGCCAACAUGAACGGAGUGAAGAAGAUUGAGAUUCAGGAGAAUGGCGUGGAGGAGGGCGCAGUCAAUGAGAACGCGGUAAAUACCAAUGGAGUGAAUGAGAGCGAUGUCAAAGAGAAUGGCGUGAGAAACCGUAAGGUCAAGGAAAAUGGAAUCAAGAUCAAUGGAGUACGGAAAGAGGAGGAGAAGAAGAAGAUGGAAGCGGAGAUGAAUGGAGUGAAGGAGAGUGAAGUGAUGGGAACCGAAAUGAAGGAGAAUGAAGUAACCUCGGAUGAGGAGAAGAACGCUGAAGGGAAGGAAGAUAAUAAGAAGAAUAGAGAGGAGGAUAGUAAGGGUAAGGAUAACAGCGGUAGCGACGACAAGAGCGCGAAAGUCGAGGAGGAUGAAGCAGGCAACAGCAGCGACAUUCCCCUAACACAACAGCCUCAACCCCGAGGCCAUUUCACUUUCCAGGACCCCAAAGGCAAAAAGGCUCGGCCAAUCAUUCUUGUCAUCCCUCAGCUUGAAAAAUUCAGCCAUGUGACCAACUUCGCCUUCCGAGGCCUCAAGGCACUGAAGGCAUCAUCACCACACCUCAAGAAAAGAAUGAUCACGAUCACAACGACUUCACGGUCUGACAAGCCGCCACCCAGCUCAGGAAAACGGUCAGUAAGCCUGUUUCCCGACUCGCCUUCACAGCCAGAACUCCCCCGAGUCAGCGUGUUCAGCGUGCGUCAUUUUGGGCUGAGGCCCAAUCUGUUCGAACUACUCAUUUUCCCUGUCAGAUCGCUGGCACAAAUUGCUUCCUUUUCUCGCGAUAAAGAUCUUGUCUCCCAGCGACACAGCAUCAGGAGACUCCAGAGAGAGAUGAGGGUACAGGAGAAGGACAGAAGCUUGCCCCAUCUGCAGCCAUAUGCGGAAUGGAAUAUUCCAGACUCCGACACCAACCCCAUCGCCAAAUAUCUCAGAGGCGGCAAACUCCAUGCUAUACCUGAGUCGAUGAAGGUAGGGGAUUUGUUGGUGAAGACAAAGAAAGCAGCCAAGCUCGAAGAUAUCCUUGCAGUCCUCAAGCAAAGGUCAGAGGGAUCCGAGGCGCUGAGUAAAUGGAACGAGAGAGACGCAAAGGGGGGCUCUUCGGCCGACCUACCUCCCCGUGUGGUUCGCGUCAUCAAGAGAGUCACCGAGGAAGCUGAGCAGUCUUACAGCGAGUUCAAUGCGGAUCUGGAGAUUAUGAAGACUCUAGUACAUCCAAGUGAACUCUCCCAAGGCUGGUCAGAUAUCGAAGUCGAACCCGCCAUCAAAUCUCGUGUGCAGCGCAUGAUCUCUCUUCUCAACCGCCGAGCAGAACUUACCGGGAUUCUCAAGAAGAGCGCCAUGGGAGGCGUGAUCCUCUACGGUCCCCCCGGGACGGGCAAGACACACCUCGCCCGCGUCAUCGCCAAGGAAACCUCCUCCGUCAUGCUGCGAAUCUCGGCCGCCGAGAUCGAGCGCACGUGGGCCGGCGAGGCGGAGAAGGUCAUCCAGGCCCUCUUCAAGCUGGCGCGCGAGAUCUACCCCUGCAUCGUCUUCAUCGACGAGGCGGACAGCAUCUUCGGCCGGCGCAAGGACUCGGACAAGAACUGGGAGCGCAAGAUCACGAACCAGCUGCUGGGCGAGUUUGGCGGGUUCGAGAACGACAUCGCCUCCCCGCUGCUGCUCCUGGCGACCAACUUCCCCAACGACCUGGACCCGGCAGUGCUGCGGCGAGCGCCGAAUAGACUUUACAUGGGCCUGCCUUCGACGCCGUCCCGGCAGAACAUCUUCAAGAUUUGUCUGCGCGAGGAGAAGAUGGACAAGUCUGUCGAUCUAGAGGAGCUAGCGGAGAAGACGAGCGGCUACACAGGCUCGGAUAUUGAGUACAUCUGCCAGCAGGCGGCCAUGGCGGCUCUGGAGGAUUUCGAGAACGGUGGCUCGGAAGACAGUGAUUCGGAAGGAAUUUGUCUGAAAAUGUCUCACUUUUCCCAGACCUUGACAGGAGCGAGUCCCUCAGUUUCGGGACCUUCCAUGACGGGGAUUGAAUCAUUCGCAAGAGAGUAUGAUCGCUCCGCAGUGGACAUGAUCAAGAGGACGACUGAUGAUUUCGGCGGCUUCAGCUCAUACUUGUACAUCUAG